CUCGGUGGAAUUGGUCUGUGUUUUUGUUUUUUUUUAAACCGAGGAGACUUAUUGAAAAGACAUGGUCGGCUUCAGCGGCUCGUGGAAGACUACUUUUUAGCCUAACAUGGAAUAAUGGUCUUAACUUGGAUGCAUAAAUGUGGGAUGGAAAUUCAGAUUGCACAAGUCCUGAUCAUUUUCUUAUGGUGACGGGUGAGACAUGAGAUCUUCAGCCUCAAGGCUUUCGAGUUUUUCCUCAAGGGACUCAUUAUGGAAUCGGAUGCCGGACCAGAUCAGCGUGUCCGAGUUCAUCGCGGAGACCACCGAGGAUUACAACUCGCCCACCACGUCCAGCUUCACCACCCGGCUGCACAACUGCAGGAACACCGUCACCCUCCUGGAAGAGGCAUUGGACCAAGACAGAACUGCCCUGCAGAAAGUGAAGAAAUCUGUAAAAGCAAUAUAUAAUUCUGGUCAAGAUCAUGUACAAAAUGAAGAAAAUUAUGCACAAGUUCUGGAUAAAUUUGGAAGUAACUUUUUAAGUCGGGACAACCCAGAUCUUGGCACUGCUUUUGUAAAGUUCUCCACACUUACUAAGGAACUUUCAACCUUGCUGAAAAAUUUGCUCCAAGGUUUAAGCCACAAUGUGAUCUUCACUUUGGAUUCCUUAUUAAAAGGAGAUUUAAAAGGAGUUAAAGGAGAUCUGAAAAAGCCCUUUGACAAAGCCUGGAAGGAUUAUGAAACAAAAUUCACAAAAAUUGAGAAGGAAAAGAGAGAACACGCCAAACAACAUGGGAUGAUCCGCACGGAAAUCACUGGAGCUGAGAUAGCAGAGGAGAUGGAGAAAGAAAGGAGAUUGUUUCAGCUCCAGAUGUGUGAAUAUCUCAUUAAGGUUAAUGAAAUCAAGACCAAAAAGGGUGUGGAUCUGCUACAGAAUCUUAUUAAGUAUUAUCACGCACAGUGCAACUUCUUCCAAGAUGGCUUGAAAACAGCUGAUAAACUUAAGCAAUAUAUUGAAAAACUGGCUGCCGAUUUAUAUAAUAUAAAGCAAACACAGGAUGAAGAAAAGAAACAGCUGACUGCACUCCGAGAUUUGAUAAAAUCCUCUCUACAACUUGAUCAAAAAGAAUCUAGGAGAGAUUCCCAGAGCAGGCAAGGAGGUUACAGCAUGCACCAACUUCAGGGCAAUAAGGAGUAUGGAAGUGAGAAGAAGGGGUAUCUUUUAAAGAAAAGCGAUGGGCUCCGAAAAGUGUGGCAGCGAAGAAAGUGCACAGUCAAAAAUGGAAUUCUGACCAUAUCCCAUGCAACGUCCAACCGACCACCGGCCAAACUCAACCUCCUGACGUGCCAGGUGAAACCGAAUGCUGAAGAUAAGAAGUCUUUUGACCUGAUAUCACAUAAUAGAACUUACCACUUUCAGGCAGAGGACGAGCAGGAUUAUGUAGCGUGGAUAUCUGUAUUGACCAACAGUAAAGAAGAGGCACUGACCAUGGCAUUCCAGGGAGAGCAGAGUACAGGGGAAAACAGUCUCGAAGACCUAACCAAAGCCAUUAUUGAUGACAUUCAGCGAUUCCCAGGCAACGAAGUCUGCUGUGACUGUGGAUCCUCAGAUCCCACCUGGCUCUCGACAAACCUGGGAAUUUUGACCUGUAUAGAAUGCUCUGGAAUCCAUAGGGAAAUGGGGGUUCAUAUUUCUCGCAUUCAGUCUUUGGAACUAGACAAAUUAGGAACUUCUGAGCUCUUGCUGGCCAAGAAUUUAGGAAACAAUAGUUUUAAUGAAAUCAUGGAAGGGAAUUUACCCAGUCCCUCGCCAAAGCCCUCUCCUUCAAGUGAUAUGACUGCACGGAAAGAAUAUAUCACUGCAAAAUAUGUAGAUCAUAAAUUUUCCAGAAAGACCUGCUCAUCUUCCACUGCUAAAUUGAAUGAAUUACUUGAGGCCAUUCGAUCAAAAGAUUUACUUGCCCUACUUCAAGUCUAUUCAGAGGGAGUAGAGUUAAUGGAACCACUCCUGGAACCUGGACAGGAGUCAGGGGAAACAGCUCUUCAUUUAGCCGUCCGAACUGCUGAUCACGCAUCUCUCCAUUUGGUUGACUUCCUUGUGCAGAACUGUGGGAACUUAGAUAAACAGACUGCUUUGGGAAAUACAGUUUUGCACUACUGCAGUAUGUAUAACAAGCCCGAAUGUUUGAAACUCCUUCUGAGGGGCAAACCAACUGUUGAUAUAGUGAAUCAACUUGGAGAAACAGCGCUGGACACGGCAAAGAGACUGAAAACCACUCAGUGUGAAGAUUUGCUCUCACAGGCCAAGGCAGGAAAGUUAAAUCCACACGUCCACGUUGAGUAUGAAUGGAAUCUUCGACAGGAGGAGAUGGAUGAGAGCGAUGAUGAUCUGGAUGAUAAGCCCAGUCCAAUCAAGAAAGAACGUUCUCCAAGGCCCCAGAGCUUCUGCCAUUCUUCCAGUAUCUCCCCACAAGACAAGCUGACGCUGCCUGGAUUCAGUACUCCAAGGGAGAAGCAGAGACUCUCCCACGGAACCUUCAGCAGUCAGAUCUUUGCCUCCACCAGCACAGACUCCCCGACAUCGCCAACAAAUGAUGCCCCACCUCUGCCCCCCAGGAAUGCUGGAAAAGUACCUGUUCUUCCAUUGGUGCUGCCGUAUCUCUCAUUCUGUGGCCCCACCGGCCCGCCUUCGACCCUUCCACUCGGCUCCCAGACUCCUACUGGGAGUUCGACCCUCUCCAAGAAGAGACCUCCUCCCCCACCACCUGGCCACAAACGAACCCUGUCCGACCCACCAAGUCCACUACCUCAUGGCCCCCAGAGUAAAAGCGCCAUUCCUUGGGGUAAUGAUAUGGGACCGUCAUCUUCCAGCAAAACCGCAAACAAGUUUGAAGGAAUGUCGCAGCAGUCGAGCACCGGUUCUGCAAAGACUGCCCUGGGUCCAAGAGUUCUUCCUAAACUACCUCAGAAAGUGGCACUAAGAAAAAUUGACGCCAGUCAUCAUCUUUCCAUUGACAAAUCCAGCACCCCUUUAGACAUCUUUCAGAAAUCUCCCCAGUCACUGGAUCUGCCACAGAGACCCCCACUCGGGGACCUGCCCCCCAAGCCUCAGCCUGCAGACGUGGCCCUCAAGCCUCAGCUCAGCGACCUGCCCCCAAAGCCUGGGGAGCUGCCCCCCAAGCCUCAGCUUGGUGAUCUGCCCCCCAAACCACAGCUCUCAGACUUGCCCCCCAAGCCUCAAAUGAAGGAUCUCCCCCCUAAGCCUCAGCUAGGAGACGCGCUGGCUAAAUCGCAAGGGGGAGAAAUAUCACCCAAGGCACAGCCCGGGGAGGUGAAUCAGAGGCCUCACCCUGUCGAUCUUCCUGCAAGUACACAAUCGAGAGACGCCGUCCAAAAGCAGGCUUCGGAGGAAUCCAAUGACCUGACGCCCACCCAGCCAGAGACUCCUGUGCCGCUGCCCCGGAAGAUGAAUACGGGGAAAAACAAAGUUCGGAGGGUGAAGACCAUUUACGAUUGCGAAGCGGAUAAUGAUGAUGAGCUUACGUUCUCUGAGGGUGAAGUCAUUGUGGUCACUGGAGAAGAGGACCAAGAGUGGUGGAUUGGCCACAUUGAAGGGCAUCCGGAGAGAAAAGGAGUCUUCCCUGUGUCCUUCGUACACAUUCUGUCCGACUAGCAAACCACAGAAACUUGAGCAUUGCACAUCCUUCAUGCAAGACGGGCUUUUUAGCAAAAGCAAACGGCUGCUGCCUCCUUGUACUCCUGUGCACAAUGUGUAUAUAGCUGCUGUUACAGAAUAAGAAUUCAUUUAAGAUCCACCUCAUGAGGUGAAUGAUCAUAUGUAUUGUAAAUAUACCGUGUAACUCUGCCUUUGCCAGUAUUAUGGUCACCUUGGAAGCUGACUUGCCUCAUAGGGCUAAUUACAGCCGUCCUCGACACCCAGCACUUACAUCUGUGUCUAUGCUGUUACAAGUUGUGUAUGAACUUCAGCUUUCCCAGUAGAGGUGGUCUCGAUCAGCAGUCUAAGUGUACAGAAUGGACUCUGUUCCUAGAAACGCAGUAUUCUCCAGUACAUGAUUAAAGGACCACAUUAGCUGAGAGUAGGACUGUUUUUCAGGUGAACCAUUUAGCUUCAUGACAAACCAGUCUGCAGUUCCCAGUGUACUCAGUUUACAGCUCUGAAACCCUCUUUGGUAUUUAUUUCAAACCAAGUGUGCUCCCCUUCAGUCUGAGUGUUAGUUCCAAGAAAUAUUCACUGACUUUUAGGGACCCAGUGAAGCACAUAGUUCAUGUCUAAUUAAGGAGCUCGCCAUGCCACCGCGCAAGUAAUCACCUUUGUAUUAGUACGUUGAUUUGAAAAAUAACACAUUGUUUCCACUUGCAAGUAUUUUAAGAAAUCCAUAAAGUUUUCUGUGAAAAAUACAGGUGUCCCACAGGUUGCUCUCCUUCCUUUUUCAGGGACCAGGACUGCACCAAAAAUAUUAGCCCAUUUUUGUUAUGCAUGUGUUUAGAAGCUUACUGAAACCCACCAUUUACAAAGGGGUAGCAUAGACAUAUCACUCAAAUUGAACACCAUAACUCCUUUAAAGGGCGAUGACGAUUUAAGCUACAUAAAGAGACUGCAGUGGUAUUUGUUUAAUUUCAGUUGGCUUCCUAUAAGAAUUGUCAGGACCUCUCCCCAAAUGUUGUUGAAGUGUGUAAUGAGUUCAUUUUUUAAAUUUUAAGAAUGAGUUCAUUUUUUCAGAUUUUGUUCCUGGAAAAAUUUAAACUAUUGAAAACAUUCUUCAGGAAAAUCAAGGUAUAAAGACCAAGUCUUUUAGCAACUCAUCAGUUAAAAAAUGCAGGUAUGAAGGGCAAUAUUUUUGUUAAAGCUAUAGUAAACCAGAAUUGUAGAUAUGUUUCCCCAUUCCAAACACUAGCCAGCACACAAAUUCCUUUGACAAUUCAUAAUCUAGUCUUUGAACGCUGCUCUGAAUUGCACUAUGAAUAAACACAUUCUCUGCAGCCAAUUUGCCUGCUCAGUUUUUUUUUUCCCUCCCAGGACUGUUCACUGCAUCAUUAAGGACAUAACUAUUUAUUUUUGUUUUGCUUGUAUCCAUCUUAAUCUGGAACAGAACAAAAUAGCUUUGUUGUACAGUCCUGUGUCACUGAUUCUGAAUUUCAUAUGGGGUUCUGGCAUUGUAAUUUGUGUAGGCUGUUCUUUUGGCAACAGAAUAUUUUAACUAAUAUUUUUAAGCAGGCAGGCUUGGCAGCGAGUAUUUUUUUUUUUUUCAUAAAAGCCCACAUUCAAAACAAAGCCUUCAGGAGAUUCCUAGCCCAGUUACUCUGCUUUAGUUGGUGAAUAUUAAUUUAAUUCUAUAUAAAUGAUUAGUAUGAGAGUUUCAGUAUCAAUCUAACCUUGCAUGAAAAAAACUGCAGAACCAGAGUAUCCAUUACUCGAAAGUGGUUUUUAAAUGAUUGUUUCGUCAGUCAGAACAGUAGUUAAUUCCAAAACAACAAAGGUUACACCAUGAAUUAUAAAGCCUGCUUUCAUCUAAUUCAUCGCAUUAUCAAUUUCAGUGUUUCAGAUAUUUUGAUUUUUUGAAGAUAGGAAGUUCACAUGAAUUUAUCUCGCAUCCAUUUUAUCCAUUAAUCCAAUGUUUAAAGUUGCUUUAAAGAUGGACUACUAUUCAUUUUUGUGGCUUGGGGUACUUUUUAAGGGUUUUCAAAAUAAACUGAUAAAAAGCAAACCCUAUAAAAACUAGACUUAUAAAAUGAAAUGGAGGGAAACAUCAGUUCUUUUGAACCCUGUUGGAGUAGCUUCCAAGGAUGCAUUUUUGGGUGAAAUUGUUUGCACCAAGAAUUAGUUUCAUUUAUUCCAGCUUUCUGUGGGACAUAAGAAAACUAGGAGCUCAUUUUGUGAUCUUUGGAUGAGUUUAAAUCAAACAUCGGACUUAAACUCAGCCCACUAUCUGCAGUUUUGUACAUGACAUAGUAUUUGAAGGUAUAGAAAACCUUAUGAAAAAAAUAGCAUAUUUGUGUUUGUUUUUUUCCCCUGGAGGGGAAGUAUGGUCUGCAAAUAGCGUGUGUCUUUAUUUUACUGUUGAACAGCAAUUGCUAUUUAUUUUUUUAUUGCGUAGUUCAUGUUGUAUAGGAACCUGAUUUAGUAGUGCCUCUAGUUAAAUUUUGACUUCUCAUUUGAAUGCUAUUUGCUUUGACAUCAGUACACUCUGUCAUUUUACAUAUGUAUUUAAUGUGA